GGCUCGUUAGUGUCCACCUACUUACUCCUCACGAACGAUUGACUGCGGCGUUCUCAUUGUUUCGGAUUAUAGCAUUCCUUCACUCGUUGCAUACCUCGUUGCACCGGCGAGUGGCGUUGUGCAAGGGCCAUCAUGCAGCCGCUGGAAUCGAAGGGAAAGGUGCCCCAGGAUGUAGUCGCGAUAUUCCAUGCCGCAUUUCAUCCGACUCAAGGUAACGUUCUUGACUGGUCGUUGAAGGCAAGCGAAGACCUCGAUCUGCAGCAUGUCGAGUUCAGCUGCCUCCCCAGUGGCUUACACUUGAUGGAACGAGACGUAGUGUACUUCACCAAGGGCGACCACCCGGGUGUCUGUGUCUUUCACCGUCAACACACGACAGAAGCAGGUCAUCGCGGAUUUCGUCUCUCCUCUCUCGGUAUCCUCCUUGCCAAGUCUGCACGACCACGACCCUGGCUACAUGUCCCAGCUCUGAAGGAGCUCUUCCAGUCUAUUCACUCCUCACUCGGAGAUCGAGACAUUCUUGUGCCUGUGGACGAUGACUGGGAACCUGCGCGGCAGUUCUUCGAAGAGCGCAAGGUACGUCGUGCCGAUCUCGGUGGCACAGGUAGUUGGAGAGGCUGGGAUGCCGAGCUGGACAGCGAAGAUAGCGCCCUCGAUACGGACCCGACCAUACACCUACCUCAUCUCCUGCGCAUCCUCGGUCCGUCAUCUCUCACCCUGUAUAAGCAUGUCCUCGGACGGCGGCGGAUCCUUAUAUAUACCCUUCCCCCCGUCGAGGCUGCGUGCAUUUUAUGUCAGGUUGCCGCAGACAUGUGUUACCAAUUCCAGGCUACUGGGGUAGAAGGCCUGACAACGAUUGGGGAGGAGACACCAACACGGAGAGCGAAGGGCAAGUCAAGAGAAGGGAUCAGAGUGCUCGGGAUGGUCACCCUGAGUGAUCUACCCAAACUUGAUGAGGAGAGCAAGUCAGGUCGCGGGUGGAUCGCAUGCACAACGGACGCCAUAUUCCUCGAGAAGCCGCAGUGUUAUGACCUCUUGGUUGAUCUCCGAACAUCGACGCCCAAUACCCGCCCGACCUUCUAUGUGAGCAAGCCGACAGAGCAAGUCCAUGGACGUGGACCUACACAUCGGCUGUCAGUAGUACGGUUCACCUGGAGUGAUGCAAAACUCUGGACCGAAAUCGACCGGCUACUGCAACUAGAUGCAGGAGAACACCACGAUGUCUGCUGUGAACCAUUAUCAACAAACACAGACAGCAAGAUUCGUUCCAGUACUAGCUCAUGGACAGAUAUCUGGAGAGUUUACGAGGACGUCUGCGUCAUGUGCGCCGGGCUCUGGAUGGGCUCGUGGCGCAGUGGCCCCUCUCCAUCCUGUACGCCCUCCGCUGCUCGCCCUGAGAACUGGGGCAGCAUACGCCUAGAGGGCGAGGACGACCUCACCCUGCGCAAGAACGCGAACCCGUAUGUGCGGAACGUUGGGGUGGGCAUCGAAGGACGGCCUUCACCUGACGCGACAAGCUCUUCGGGGCGCACGCUGCGCGGGCUCGCGCGUUCUAGCGGGAUGUCGAUCUGGACUUGGACGAGCGGCAGCGCCAAGACUGAUGGCCAACCACAUGCCGGUUCCAGUUCCUUGUCCACAUCUACCUCGCCCAGGAAGGAUUUCGCCAUGAUUACCCACGUGGAAGCCGGAAGGAGCGCGCGACGCACACGCCAGGUGCUGACGACUCUCGCGCUCCUCCAGACGUUCCAUGCAAACACGGUGAUGAUGCUCGAGCGGCUGGCAGAGCUCCUCCCUCAGCGCCGCACGCAGUCACGUCACGAAGGCCCCCCGGAUGUUGUCGUACUGACUCCCAAAGACGUUGCGUCGUUCGAGCUAGCACCAUUCAGUGGAUUGGAUGCUCGAUUUCUUGAAUGGCUUGCAGACGAAUACGGAGGCGGCGUCAGGAUAACUGUUCGUCGUGGAUGGCGUGAUUUAGUUGGACUUGUAUUAGGAUUCGGGUGA